GAGUUCUUUCUUGCAAACCAUAAGUCAAUACAUUUAAUAAAUAUCGUAAUAUCGAUCUCAAUUAAUUCCUUUAUUCAUUGGAACGAAAAAAUAUUUGUACGAUCUUCUUAAAAUUCGUCGUCAAAAAGCGCUUAAAUAUGCAGUACAAUGCACAUGCUCUUAUUCUUGGAUUGGUCGUUAUACCGGGAGCUCUGCGUGUACAAGCUCAGAGCAAGUGUGGCUUGGACAUAAUGUGGGCACUUGAUACAUCGUGUAGUAUAGCUGUUGAAGAUGGAAUAAAGGUCCGAGAUUUUAUUGUCAAGAUGAUCAAAGAUUUCAGGAUUGGACCAGGUCCUGACGAGACUCAGAUAGGGGUUGUUAACUUCAACAAAGGGACGCAACAUCAAUUUUAUUUAAAAGACUCAGUAGAUGAUGCUACUGCCGUAGAACUCGCCGAAAAUAUUGAUCUUUCAAAUCUUAGAUUCAAAAACAACAGUGGUUGCAAAACACAUACGUUCAAAGCUCUUGAUGAAAUCAGGAACAUCUACUUCACACCUAAGAAUGGGGAUAGAAGAAACGUUCCAAAUGUUGUUAUAGUUGUUACAGACGGUGUCACAGUUCAGCCUAAGUAUCAGCCUGACACUAUUGCCAAUGCAAAGUUGCUGCAUGAAGAUGGUGCUGGUGUGGUUGUCGUUGCCCUCCCGAGCCAGAGUGGAGGAAAUGGGACAUUCGAGUUUUUCUCCGUGGCGUCAGAUGCGCGAAACGUAUUCACAAUUGACAAGUUCGAUAAUCUGGAGACGUUUAUAUUUGACAUCUCAGCUGCUGUGUGUAGAGAAGUUCCAACUACUAAACCACCAACAACAACGACGACGACUACUACUACCACAACGACACCCAGACCUACUCCCGCGGAACCAACUGGAAUCUGUCCCAGGGGGUUUUUCAAUCCCGGGGAUAAAGGAUCCUGCCAGAUUGUUAUGAACGCCUGUCCAAAGAACAAUCCAUUGUGUUGUGGAGAUUGUAUGCUGUUUAAUGAUCCAGUUUUAGCGGUGCCAAAUCGGCCAAUGUAUGUCACUACGAGGCCGGGCAAUACCAAAUGUUUAUGUGAAGCAUGCAUGAAGAAAAAGAUUUGCGUUCCAAAAGCUCUGCGGGGAGCAUGGGAGGAUGCUAGGAGACAAGCUGGACUACCUGUGGAAUAGAUUUUCCAAAAAAUCUCCAAUACAACAGGGAAUACAAACAUAUCUCAUGUAGAUUUCAUUGUAUAACUUUAUAAAUCUAUAAUAUGGCGAUUAUUAUAAAUGUAUAUACAAUCUACAUAACUAAAUGUGAAAACAAAAACAUUGCCCCAUUCACACAAUAGGAGACCGGUAAAUUGCCACGAUACAUACUGUGGUCGAUCACCUUCAAAUCUAUAUUAUCUAAUUGUAUCAGGAAUCAGGUAUCAGGAUACGGGCGUAGAUGGAAUUAUAUGGAUUGUUAUAUAUUCUGGAAAGAAUUGAUACAAAAGCUGCACUUGUUUGUUUUUUCAAUUUUGGUGAUCGAAGCAGUCAUAUCCUAGGGGCGCGAGGCUAGUAUUUAGUACUAACUGUUUCUGUUUCUUCUUGUUAAAUAUCUUCAGUGGUGUUGCUUAUAUCAGGCUAUGCUAACAUAAUAAUGAUAAAUGUACUAUUUUAGCUUGUAUAAAAAUUGUCAAAAUGUUGAAUCUAAUUGAAAUAAAUUGAUCUGAAA